CUCCCGACAGAAGAUAAGCCACUAACUUUCCUGUCAAGACGAGACCUUGAUCGUGCAAAGUCCUAAAUCCCAAUAAAAAGUUAAACCCUAAUUUUGUCCUCUAAAUCUGGGCUGCUUACAUUGAUCAUGGCGCUUCAUGGGUCUAUCUUCUGUUGCAAAGGAAAUGUUUUUUCCAUGGAACUUACAACUACGCCGCGUUUAGGCAUUAAGAGUUUGAGAAAGCUAGUUUGUCUUUCAACUUUUCGGAAGCAAUCCAGUUAUGUAGCUGCUGAACACUAUGGAAGAAGGCAUAAAUUCCAGCUUUGUCAUGGUGAUUCUCAUCUCAAUAUGCGAAAUGGUAGUUCCACAAUCUUGAUUCAGAAUUCACGUCGUCUUUCGUUGAGAUCAUGCCAAGUUAAAGGGGAGAAUGUAGAAGGAAGCUCAAGUGGUGAGAGCCUCAUACUUGAUGUCGAAACUUUGGAGCGGGAUCUGAGUAUUGCGAUUGCUGAGGAGAACUAUGCCAAAGCAGCAAAAAUUAGGGACAGCCUUAAACUUCUCCAAGAGGACAGCAAAACUUCAGUACUGGCUGCAAAUGCUCGAUUUUACGAUGCAUUCAGAUGCGGAGAUCUUGCCAUGAUGCAAACCCUUUGGGCAAAGGGUGAUGAGGUUUGUUGUGUGCACCCAGGUCCUAGGGGAAUAUCUGGUUAUGAUGAUGUAAUGACCAGUUGGGAAUAUGUAUGGGCAAACUAUGAAUUUCCUCUGUUUAUUGAGCUAAAAGAUAUUAAAGUUCAUGUUAGAGGUGAUAUGGGCUAUGUUACGUGCGUGGAAUUGGUUAAGACAAAAGGUAGCAGUUGGGGGGGACAGUUUGUGACAAACGUGUUCGAGAGGAUUGAUGGUCACUGGUUUAUCUCUAUUCACCAUGCUUCACCUAUUGAGUUGUAAAGUUUUCAGUUUUGGUACAAUGUCCAAUACUUAUUUUUCACCUAUUGUCAACUCCACAGCUAAUAAACCCUAAUCCAUAUUAGCUUCUUUGCCCAGCCAAGUGAAAAAUAAAAUAUUGUAAUCCUUUUAUCUCCA